GAGACAUCUCCAAAAUCCUUCUAAGACUCCAAACAAUUCAUCAGGUCACCAAGAUCCAGUCGAGGUGUGAGCUGUAUUGUUGUCAGCACCUGGAGGCCUCUGGACAAGCGAGUGGUCAUACAGAAGGACUUCUUUUCCCUAAUCAAGAGUCAGAAUGGGGGCCGGGGGGAGCGCCGAGGACAAACACUCCAGGGAGCUAGAGAAGAAACUGAAAGAGGACGCCGACAAAGAUGCCAGGACCGUCAAACUUCUGCUGCUAGGUGCUGGUGAGUCGGGGAAAAGCACAAUUGUCAAACAGAUGAAAAUUAUUCACAAAGAUGGUUACUCCCUUGAAGAGUGCUUGGAGUUCAUUGUCAUCAUCUACAGCAACACCAUGCAGUCGAUCCUGGCCAUUGUAAGGGCCAUGAGCACACUCAACCUUUCCUAUGGAGAUGCUGCUGCACAGGAUGAUGCAAGGAAGCUGAUGCACUUAGCAGACACCAUCGAGGAAGGCACCAUGCCAAAGGAGCUGUCUGACAUCAUCCUGAGGCUGUGGAAGGACUCAGGCAUCCAGGCGUGUUUUGACAGAGCCUCCGAAUACCAGCUCAACGACUCUGCCGGAUACUACCUGAAUGACCUGGAGAGGUUGGUCAAGCCUGGCUAUGUCCCUACUGAGCAGGACGUCCUGCGAUCAAGAGUGAAGACCACCGGUAUCAUCGAGACCCAGUUCUCCUUCAAGGACCUCAACUUCAGGAUGUUUGAUGUGGGCGGUCAGCGCUCGGAGAGGAAGAAGUGGAUCCAUUGCUUCGAAGGUGUGACCUGUAUCAUCUUCAUCGCUGCUCUGAGCGCAUACGACAUGGUGCUGGUGGAGGAUGAUGAAGUGUAAUAAACCCUGUUUUUCCAUGUCCUUCCAACCCAAGAACCGAAUGC